AUCCUAGCUGGGCAGACAAAUCUGAUCUGUCCUCAAAGUCUACGAAACCCUCACAACUGGUGGCGGCUGAUACAGGAGCAGCAGUGUGGGACCAACCUAACUCAGGUGGCUCCUGCUCUGGCAAAGACGAGAAUUGGGCGUCCUUUCCAGAACCCUCUGAACAGCAAGAGAGUUCUUCUAAAGUGCCCACAGAGCCAGCCAGCCUCUCUCAGGAAGUGGCACAAAAUAAUGGAUUCCAAGUAGAAGCAGUCUCUAGUGUUCCACAGGAUCCUCCCACUCCAGACACGGGCCCUCCAGAAGAGGGAAACCCACCAAACUCUUCUAUC